CCGCCAAAUAGCACUUCCGUUUUGAGGCAACGCGUGCCGUGGCGCCAUUUGCUUCUCUCUGUCUCUUGUCUAUAAUUUGGAAUAGAUCGUCUUUAUGGCCAAGGUUUAUUGGAUUGGUUAAUUAUGUAUAAAGUGAUCUGAGAUGGAGGCUUGGGCAAAUCUGUGUCGUUGCUGCCUAUCACCCGAUUCCGGUGUGCCAUUGUUAGACUCGGCACAAAACGUAAAUAGCAAGUUUAAAGAAGUAACAACCCUAGAAGUUAAAGAAGAUGAUGGAUUGCCGCAGAAGCUCUGCGAGGAUUGCUUCUCCAUUUUAAACUCUGCAUAUCAUUUCCGUAAACAAUGUUUGAAAAUGGAUAAAGAGUUAAGAUACCAAUUGGACUUGCUGAAAGAAGCAGAAGAAGAACAAACAAGUCAUAAGAAACAUAAGAAGAAAGGUAAUGUAGAUGUUGAUGAUGAAACUAUGAAACAACUCGAGGGUAUUAUAAAAUCUGAACCCAUUGAUGUGGAUGAUGAUGAUUAUUAUUACGUACUCGUAAUAGAUGAUGAAAAGAAAAAAGCUCUUGAAAAUCAAGAAUUAUCAGAGAAUAAUAUCAAAGAAGAAGUUAUAAAUGAACCAGAAUUUGAAGAGGUAAAUGAAGAAAUACAAGAAAAUGAAAAUCAAGAUACGCAUUUUGAAGAUUCCAUAGAUUCUUUUUUACUAACUAACUCCAAAGUAUCUGAUAGAGUUCCCGAAACUAUAUUAGAGAAUGAAGAAACUCAAGAUAAUGAUAAUAACUUUGUAGGUAUGCAAGUUGAUGAGACAGAUAAUGCAACUCAAAUGUUACCUCAUUUAAUACAAACGCAUUCUCAAGACUCAAUUGAAAUGGAUAACAAUUCUAAUGAAGAAUCACAAAAUAUAGAAGAAAUCUCAAAGAAUUCCAAUCUAAUUAAAAUAUUAACCAGCGCAGGGAACGAAAGGACUUUAAUGGUUAAAAAGGAACAUGUCAAAUAUUUAUCCGGACAACAGUAUAUUUCAAUUGAAGACGAUGAAGGUGUAACAACACAGGAGGAGGUGAUAUUAUGUGAAGGUGAUGAUUCAUCACAAUACCAGAUCCUUAAAUGUGAUGGUUCCGAAUUAGUGAUAGAGUAUGCUGAUGAUAGUGAGAUCACAACUGUGAUGCAACAAGAAGAUGGUACAUUUGUAUGUGACUGCGGUGAACAGUUACAGAACUUGGAUGAAUAUGAACAACAUCAGCACCAACAUAACCCAGCUGGUGAACAUUUAUGUAAUUUAUGUGGCAAAGGUUUUGAAACAUCAGAAAUAUUAAUCGGUCAUAUGUUAUUGCAUAGUGUAACAGGACCGGUAGUCACCUGUCCCUUUUGUAAACAAUUAAUUCGACGUAAUUCAUUAACACAACAUAUCAAAUAUGUUCAUAAUAAUAAACCUCGUUGCAAUAUUUGCUUCAAAACAUUUGCUAAUCAACACAAUUUGAAACGUCACAUGAUGAUACAUAAUGAUAUAAGAGAAUUUGAAUGUGACAUCUGUUUGAAAAGGUUCCACCAAAAGAUAACAAUGCAAACACAUCGGUUGAACCAUUUAAACUCAUUUUCAUGUAACCAAUGUGAUAUGACGUUUAAAACUAAAGAAGACCUCACCACACAUCGCGAUUUUGAAGAAUGCAGUAAAAGUAAAGUGCUCAAAGCCAAAGAGGAAUUAAUGAAGACUGUCAAACAGGAAAUAACUACAAAUCUAGGCAAAGUUCUAGGCUAUGCUUGUUCUUUGUGCAAGAAAAUGUUCUCAUUAGAGUCGGCGUUAGAACAACAUAUAGAAAGCACUCAUAUAGUAGAAAGUAGUGAAUUUACCGAGUCUCAAAAGAUUAUGAGGAAUAAAACUAUGAAGAGAUUUGAAUGUAGUAUUUGUGGGAAAAGCUGCGCCAGUCAGGCGAUGCUGACUAUGCAUGAACGAGUGCAUACAAACGAGAGACCAUUUCCUUGUCAAUUAUGUCCGUUAAGGUUCAAAACUAAAACACAUCUCCGGACCCAUCAAUUAACUCAUACUAGGGAGAAGAAGUUUGGAUGUUCUGUGUGUAUGAAGUUCUUUGCAUUGAAAGGUAAUUUGGUUGUCCACUUACGUACACACACAGGUGAAAGGCCGUACGUUUGCUCGAUAUGUGGUGAAGGAUUUAUUGAUUCCAAAUAUCUUAAGAAGCACAAACUCAAGAAGCAUGCGAAUGAAAAUGUGGAAUAUAAUAAAUAUUAAGUUUAAUAUGUCAAGUCCUUUUUAAUAAACUUUCAAAAAUGAAAUUCCUAUACAUUUGAUUGUUUCAAGGAAUUACAUUUUUAGAACUAGUAUUGAACAUACUAAGAUUGCAAAAGAUUUUUUGCAAAUGAUAAUUUUUAGAUGUACACGUAAUUCAGUAGGACUAGAAAUAAUGGAUGUUGUUUUUUUUUAUUUUGUAAAUUAUGGUUGUCAAUUUGACAGUAGUUACGUGUCGUUUUUCUCAAUAAGACUAGAAGAUAAUAAAAAUUUAAAAUUAUUGCAUGUAUGUAUAUUGUAAUUUUUCUCCAUCUAUAAAAGAAUAUGUAUUUUAUUUCAUAAAUACUGUGUUAUUUUUAUUUAAAAAAUAAUUUCUUUACCAUAUUUACUUGAGUAUUGAAUUUGAUGUUUGUAUAAAUUUCUAUAAGUAUGUUCGUCUUAGUUAUAUUUGUGUGUAGGAGAAGUAAGUUUUGUUAUGUUUCAAUUGU